AACUGCCUUUGCUUCUGCCCUUUAUUAUUGAAAAAAGGUUCAUCAUCCACCUUUUUUAAUUGACUUUUCAGAUUUUUACCGAAAUACCUUGUUUCAUGUCUGGACAGGUAUGCAUGGUGAUGCGGGUUAAUCUGGAUUGCCCUUCUUGCUGCAGGAAAAUGAGAACAAUCAUUCUCAGAAUGAAAGAAAUAGAGAUGCACCUGAUAGAGAAGCAACACAACAGAGUGAGCAUCUUUGGCCGGUUUGAUCCAGCAGACAUAGCCAUAAGAAUCAGGAAAAGAAUGAAGAGAAGAGUUGAGAUUUUGGACAUUCAAUUACCCGGUGAAGAGAUGCCUCAUGCCACUGAUGGCCCUGACCAAUCCAUUAUGCAAAAGCCGCGUAACGCUGAAGCUAAUUCAGAGAAUGACAUACUCUGUUCACAAUAGGAGAGGAUGCUCAUACUAUA